UACAGUACUUUCAUUCCACCUCAUCGAUAGCCACCUAGGGUAAUAACAAUAGGUGCGCACUCAUUGCUCACAGCCUGACACUCUUAUCACACCACCGACUCUAGCCGAUGCUCGGUCGUCCCAACAGUUAGUGCCUCGGACUGCUCCCUCGCAUCCCCGGAUUGGGACUCUCGCACCGUGUGUCAAGUCUUACGUCAUCCGCGCUGGCCCUCCGAAGUAGGAGAGAAGCGCCUGCGGCAAAACGCUGGGCGAGUUCGAGCCCCGAUAAGUAAUCCUGGGAAAUCAGACUACCACCUCUGGCCUACUCGUGUCCCCGUCCCCCUCUCCAACCGCUCCCGCCAUGUCCUCUGUCGUUUGAACGCGGCGCUCAGUCACCAUGACCCUGGAAACUGCGCUUCUACAUCGCCCUACCGAGUCGCUAAUCCUUCCAACCAAACGCCGAUUUUUCCCUCUCAAGAUCCCGAACUUCCAUCAGCAACUGCGUCAUUAUAUCAGUACCGCCGACCCAGAUCGGGUCUACCUCGUGGCCGACCGCGUCGUCUAUGCGAUUCACAUAUCCUCCCGCAAACGAGAGACAAUCGCGGUCAUCCCCUUUGAGCCAAAAUGUCUCGCUGCUGGCUGCGGCUGGAUCGGUGUCGGCGGCUCAGAUAAUGGGGAGUGCGCCUUCAUCAGAGUCUCCGACCGCAGCUCCACGCGCCUCGCCGCCAGCCACCCCUCGCCUUCGCGCCACUCGGACUUUGACAACACUACUCUGCCCCUUGAUCUGGAUAUCCCAUCCAGAGCCUCAUCGCCGUGGAUUAAUCAUGACCAGCCCGAUCCCACUCGUCGAAUGCGCCGACGACAGUCCCCCGAAAUCCAGCUUCACCGGUUUGGAGGCACUAUCGUGAACUCGGUCUCCAUUCACCGUUUACCAGGAGAUAAUAGAGGCCUUGCUGAUGAGGAAGUCAUGGUUCUGAGCAACAAUGACAGGACCGUGACCAUCUACUCCCUGACUCGAGCAAAAGUUUUGAAAGUGCUUCAUCACCCGGCAUCGAUGAACUAUGCCGCCAUAUCGCCGGACUCGACGAUCCUGGCUGCAGUUGGUGAUGAAUCUCACGUGUACUUCUACGCCAUCGUUCGCGACAUGAGCUCCAGUGUGCUGGCAGAUAACGGACAGAGACUUACCGCGUGGGAUUGGACCUUGAUCCAGUCCGUCGAUAUGGACAUCACAACCAGCCGCAAUGAUGAAGCGUGCUGCUUCACCGUCGCCUUUUCCCCCUCGAACCAUCUUUGCGCCGUCGGGGCGCAGUCUGGAGUCAUUUACGUCUUCAACGUGAAGACGAUCCGUGACAACAAAGAUGCCGAGGAGCCACAGGAUCCAGUUGUAUGCGCGUUCCGUUCUUCCAGGUCCUACUAUGACGGCGGUGCCGUUCGGUGCAUGACAUUUUCUCCCGAGCCCUGGGACUUGUUGGUCUGGAUGGAGGACCACGGCAGAGCAGGGGUCGCCGAUGUGCGCCAGGCGUUUGUACGUCGGCAGAUCAUCCAGUUGGAUUAUGAUGAACCAGGACUGCAGCAAGUGCGCACCGAGCCCAUCCUGACGGAUUCGACCCUCGAUAGCCGGGGUUUCUCCGACUCGCGUUUCGACUGGGACGUCACGCCCCAGGCCAUGCUGGACAUGAUCGACAGCCCAACCAUCGACCAUGAGGGCGAAGGGUCCGAUCGCCACUCUUUGCGCGAGAAUCUACUACAGGACCUCACGGAGAGAGAGAGGCUGAUUGUUGAAUUUCUCAACACCGCGCGCUGGUCGUCUCGAGGAGAAGAAGGAUAUCCGGAGCGCCCCGCGCGAUCCAACGCUACUCCAUAUUCUGCCAACCGUCCUCCCCCCCCCCCUCAGGGUCCCACUGAGAGUAGCACCAGUGCUAGAGCAUCUCGCCCGACUUCGCCCAUACAAUAUAAUGAUGCCCUUCACGAGCUCUUUCGGGAGAGCUAUCUGGGCCGGAUGGGUGCCCUGGACCGCGGCAUGAAUUCCCGGCGUCCAGGCUCCGUGGUUCUCUCGCAGAACCAUCGCGGCACGAACCAUAGAUCUCCAGAAACCUCUGAGAUGCUCACCGACGUUCAACCCAGCGUCACCUUGAGCUGGACCGCAUCACCCUCCGAGCUGCUACCCACCGACUCGGACGCUUCACGCACGGCGGAUUCCCAGCACCCGGUCGAAUCGGGCACUUCCAGUACCGACGUCCUCAAUAAUAAUAAUAAUAAUAACAACAACAACAAUAACACGGCCACCCGCCCACACGAGGCCGCGACUCGACCCCGCGUCGUCUUGGACACCACGAUCCCCGCGCCAGAGACCCUCUCCCGACAACGAUCACAACGAAGCCCUAAUCCAUCUCGACCGCCAGAGCCACGCGGCUCCGAUGCGAGACCCGAACGGCAUCGUCUACUCGACUCUGAGCUCCGAGCGAACGUGGCGGCGGAGCGCCUUCGACGUCAGCGCCAAUCCAAUCCCGACCAACAAAUCCACGGCCUUACCAGCCAGUGGGAGCAACGUUAUCGACAGCAGCUUAUGGGUUUCGAGCAGACCCGUUCCCCGCGGUCGAUUCGGAACAUUCUGAAUGAGCUCCCAGAACGUCGCACGCGAAAUAACUAUCGAGACGAAGAGCCCAGCGGUACCGCGGGACUGGGAUUUGGCGCCGACGGGAGGACACUGUACAUUGGCAGUGUCCAGGGAAUCUUUGAAUUCCAGCUGAAUAUCCAUGACCGUAAGACCUUCCCGAUCUUUUCUUACCGAUGACUUGCCUAGUCGAACGCUUAACGAGUUGAUGUCUUGCGCUUUUUCUUUUUUCGUUUUUCUUUUCCCCUUCCUUCCCUUGCAUAUGGUUGCACAUUCUGACAAUGGACUCCUCCCUCUGUCUUUUUCAUACAUAAUGGUCUGCCCCUUAUACUCCCUACCUACAUACCUAACCUACCAUGUUGACCACCUCUUAACCUGUUUACUGGAUAUAUGAAUACUAUCCAUAUUGGCCCCGGAUUCUCGAAGAUACCACUUCCAUUCUGCAUGCGUUGAUGUUCUCUUUUUCCUUUCCCGUGGCGAUAGUUUUUCUACCCUGGAGAUUAUAGCCUAUAACUACGAGCCGUUUGACCUGGCUGAUCAUAUUCUGCAUCUGCUUUGGGCGUGAUUGGAUCCUAUUUUCUUUUUUUUCUCUGGUUGUUUUACCUUUUUUUUUUUUUUUUUUUUUUUUUUUUUUUUUUUUUUUUUUU